GGAAUAUAUCCAGAAUCAGCUAUUUAAAGCGACUACAAAGCAUUUAUUACUCUUGUUGCUAUCAGAAUCCACCAGAGGCUCCCUUUUCAACCCAAAUUUAUUCUAUUCAAUUACUGUCCGCUCCAGGUUCCAGUCCUUGAUAUCUCCGUUCAAACCUCUUCCUUACAUCUAUUGACACCGGUUGUCUUUGCUUAAAGUUAUCCCCAAAUCCAAUAUAUUCCAUCUCUAGUCGUCAAGUAAUGGAAACUUCUGCCUCCGUGGAAAUACCCACAGUGACGAUUUCCUCCAUGGAAAUUCCUGUGUCUAGUAUCCCCACCAAACGGGCACGUUCACGUUCCAAUUCUGUUUCCUCCGUCACAUCCACCGCGAGCAACCGAACACUCAACUCGACCACUACAACUGGCUCCUCCAGGCCGAAGAAUCUCUAUUGUGACUUUCCCGACUGCAACAAAGCGUACUCCCGUCCGUCUCUCCUCACCCAGCACCAACGCUCCCACUCGGGCGACCGGCCCUUCCAAUGCACCCACUGCGAUAAGUCAUUUCUCCGGAACUCUCACCUCCAGGCACACCUCGUGUCCCAUAGCCAGGACAAACCCUUCCACUGCUCACUAUGCGGGAAAGGUGUGAACUCGCGCCAACAUUUGAAGAGACAUGAGAUCACCCACACCAAAACCUUCGAAUGCACUUACGACACAUGCAAAGAGGUCUUCUACAAGCAGCAAACAUUGCGACACCACAUCAACACGGUCCACGAGCCCGAUCGCUUGACGUGCGAUGCGUGUGGCAAAGUGUUUAACCGGCCAUACCGCUUGGCCACCCACAAACAAACCAAACACGGCGCCUCGCCUGCAUACCAGUGCACGCAGCCGGGCUGUUUCCAGAGCUUCAAGACGUGGUCCGCAGUAAACUUCCACGUCAGAACCGCCCAUCCCAAGUUGACCUGUUCCAAGUGUGGGAAGAAGUGCAUCGGGAUCCAGGGCUUGCAAAUGCACAUGAUGGUGCACGAUGAGGAAAAGGUGAUCAAAUUGUGGAAGUGCGAAUACUGUGUGGAGAGUUUUCUCAACAAGAAACUACUUUUCUCGCAUUAUGAUGAAGUUCACGACGGGAAUGUCCCAGCAGAACUUUUGAGCAAGAAAGGUGAUAGUGACGAUGAAACCCCGGCGUUAAGCCACGCGCUGCUUCAGGAAGCAGGCAAAGCAACACAACCUUUGGCGGAGGCUUUGGAGUCCGUGAAUCCACUGCUGGAAUCGCCAGAACCACCGCGGAAGCAAACUGCCCGCUCUAGUUCUCCGUUAUCCACGUCUUCGGUGACGUCUGUGAUGGACCUUAUUGCCGGUAACGUCGCCUUGGGGAGCCAGACUGGGAUUAUUACCUGUCCUAAGCAGAGCUGCGAUCGAUUGUUUCGCCGGGAGUACGAUUUGAAACGCCAUUUGAAAUGGCACGACGAGCAGUUGGUCAAGGUGGAGCGGUAUCUCAGUGGCUUGCCCGUCUCCUCUCGCGUAGAGGAGCAGUCCACAGAGCACGAUUUGAGCAUGAUCAUCGGCGAAGAUCAGAUUUCUACGCCAGGAUUUGUGCAGGCCUCGGAAAUGGCAGUAGAAGAAGUAUCCCAGGGGGGUGAAUCCCCGGAUGACUUUGACGAUGCUUCUUUUAACGAUAUUCUAGCCGAGGAACUCGCAAGGACGCCGUGAUCGUUCUUUUGCUAGCAUAAUCCAGCUGAUCAGGAGAUCGCGAAUGUGUAUAUAAAUGUCGGGUGAUGGUGGAAUUGAGGGCUUAACUUAAUAGUGGUACAAUGGGUAGCUCAACAUUAACGCUAUUGAGGAGGUAUUUUGCAAAUUGAAGGUUUAUAACUUCAAGGGCCCUCGCUUCAGAACUCACUCAAUCUGACGAUUUGUAUACUGUCUUGGAAAUGAUUGGGAUAAAAAUACCAGGCAAUUGAUUUAUUUUCCGUUAGCCUAUUGAAAGUACUAUUAUGGACAACCGAUCGACAUAGCUAAUCCACUUGGUAAACGACACUGCGCAUAAUUUCCUGUAGAUUAUUUGCCAGUUGUCUGCAUCAGGAGGGUGUCAUAUUACAGCCGUAUAUCAAGAAUGCCUAUAGUUAAGUAC